UCCUUUGUGCUCGGGCAGCUAGCGGCAGCCGCAGUUGCCGUCGCUUCUACUGUAGGCAGCGCGUUACCCUUCUCCCGCUUCUUCUCUUCUUCUCCCUCCCCCCUCUCCCGCUCCCUCCUUUCCUAUUCCCCCUCCCUUUGCCACCCUUACCGCCGCUUUCUCCUUCCCCUGCGUGCCCUCCCGCUCGCCAUGUCGCUGGGAGCCGGGCCGGAGGCGGGUUUCUCUAGCGAGGAGCUUCUGACCCUGCGCUUCCCCUUGCACCGCGCCUGCCGCGAUGGGGACCUGCCCGCCUUGUGCGCUCUGCUCCAGAGUUCGCCCCGCUCCGACUUGGCGGCUGAGGAUUCCUUCUACGGCUGGACGCCCAUCCAUUGGGCCGCGCACUUCGGCAAGUUGGAGUGCCUGAUGCAGUUAGUAAGAGCUGGAGCUUCUGUAAAUGCCAGUACAACACGUUUUGCUCAAACACCAGCCCACAUUGCUGCUUUCGGAGGACAUCCACAGUGCCUGAAUUGGUUGAUUCAAGUAGGGGCCAACAUAAACAAACAGGAUUAUGUUGGUGAAACUCCUAUUCAUAAAGCAGCACGGUCUGGUAGUAUGGAUUCCAUAAGUGCCCUUGUGGCUCAUGGUGCGCAAAUAGACUUGAGAAAUGCCAGUGGCCUGACAGCAGCAGACCUUGCACAUACCCAGGGCUUCCAAGAAUGUGCCCAGUUUCUCUUGAACCUCCAGAACUGUCACCUGAAUCAUUUCUAUAGCAAUGGUACCUUAAAUGGGGUUCAUCAGAAUGCAGGUCCCAAUUCAUUCACUGGUGGGACAAGACGCAAGAGAUCCUUUGAAGAUACAGAGUGUGCUGGAGUGAAGAAGGCUAGAACUGAAGCUUACAGCUUCGAUGGCUUAAUACCAGUGAUGAAUGGAGGAGUUGAGGACGAUGCUGACAAUAUGCACAUUGAUAGAGAGUUUGCUGUUGUAUCAGGUGUAUUUCUUAAUGCAGAUAUGAAUAGCAGUAGCUCCAUAUUGAAUGCACUGACAAAUGGAUGUGCCAUCAAUGGACAUUUGGAUUUCACCGCCGCACAACAGCUCAGUGGAAUGGAUGUCAGGCGUGAGGAGUGUUUAACAUUAACACCUAAUGGAAUAAUUCCUGGAAUAACUUCUCCCAGUAGGCAUCGAAUACAUACCAGUAACAGCACCGAGGAACCAGAAAAAGCCAUGAAUAACUCCACCGAUAUGUGUGGAUCUCUGCAUCUGAAUGGAAGCCCCAGCAGCUGUGUUUCUACCCGGCCCUCAUGGGUGGAAGAUCCUGGAGAUACUUUACACUAUGGACACUAUCAUGGGUUUGGGGAUACUGCUGAAAGCAUCCCUGAACUCAGUAGUGUGGUUGAGCAUUCCAAUUCUGUCAAGGUCGAACAGAGAUAUGACAACACUGUCCUAGGCACAAUGUAUUUGUAUCAUGGUUCCUAGAUUAAUGACCUUUGUGUCAAACACAUAUUGAAAUUGCUACCAAAUGAACCCGGGGGAUGAAAUCCUCACAUAGCAUUAAAUUUGAAGAUUGCAACUUAUUGCUAUUUUUACACUUUGUUUAUAUGAAAAGUAAACCCUUAAUUUGAUAGCCUUAUACAGUAGUUGUAGUUUGUUGCAUGUAUGGGGCUUAUUUAGUGAUAAAAUAGGUGCUGUUACGAUGGAAUGUUGUUUGGUUUGUUUUGUUCGGUUUUUAUUAUGGGUUGUUCCAAUUUUGUAUUUUUUUUUUUUAUUUCUAAGCUUGUGAACACUAUCCCUUUUUAGAGCUGUUUUCCCUUUUAUUAAAACAAUGUUUUAACUGAAUUUUGUGAAGAAAAUACUACUUUAUGUGCAUCACUUAGAAGUAACGGUUUUUCUUUUCCCUAUCUUCUGCUGAAGCUAUGGUAGCAAUAUCAAUGCCAGCUAUCACUAUGCAAGGUUGAAAGUGGCAAUCUUCUGGAGCUUCUCUGACUUUCUAGUUUGUACAUUUCUUUGGUAUGAUUAGAUGUGCAUCUUUAAAUUUUUUGAACGAGUUGCUUAAAAACGCAGAGACUGAAUUGGAAGAAGUUACUGUUUGACUUCCUGUAGCGUAGAAGUGCUUUUCAUUGUUGUUGGACUCCUUGCAUUAUAGAGUGGGAAAGUGGGCUGCCUUUGUUGGGUGUGUGCCUCAGGUUAGUUCUGAAUUUGUGGCAGUUUUUCUUUGGCUUCUCUCCUUUAUAUGUGUGCUUGAUAUUUUACCAUAGCUCACAGACUGGAGGCAUGUUGGCACCGUUCUGCUUUGUACGCAGUUUAAAAUAGCUGUUACUUGUUAUAGAGUUUGCCAAGUCAAAAUAUUUGAGUUUGACUGUCUUGGAUAUACAUUUAUUGUCCUGGUUUCUUUAACAUAUGCUUUGAAAUGUAAUGUUGUGAAUUCUUUGGGCUAUGCUCAUGGAAAAUACAUUGUAUUUAAAGCUUAAUACACAAGUCCAAAAUCCAUGUAAGUGCACUAUAUGAGCACUAAUAAUAUAAGUUGCUGCUUUGUGUUCUGAUUAGUGAAGAGUGGGGAAGGAUACGGUAAAUGAGAUAAGCCUUCUGAGUUGUGUUGAGUUGUUUUGGGGGUUUUUUGGUUCUUGUUUUGUUCAAAAAGGGACCUUUACAAAUUGGAUUUAAAUAAAAAAAACAUAUUACAUUGUAUCUGAAUAUUUUGUAUAGACAUUAUUGUUUUGUUGGUGAUUGGAGCAAAUCUGUACUAAUUUUUAUAUCACAUUUCUCCAUAGUCUUUGUCAGUGUAACUGUGGAAUUUCUCGAUUUUAUCAGUAUGCAGAAGCAAAUGGUAACAGCCCAAUAAGCUCUCCUUGACUGAACUACAGAAUCACAUACUGGAUGCUCUGUGUUAGAAAGUUGUAUCAGCCCUGAACUCUAAAAAUGGGUUAAAAUACUGGCUGGCUGAUUUUCAUGGAAGUUACAGUCCCCUUUGAGUAUUUUCAGGCAAAAUGCUCAACUACAGAGAAGCUGGUAUUUGAGACUCUGCACUCUUUAGGAUUCACUAUCCACAUACAGGAUAUUCAGUGUAUUCAAGUUGAAAGUAGCAGGGACUGGAAAAUUGACCAGUGCCUUUGCAAAUAGUUGGCCAGACCAACAAAACUCCUAUGUAUUCUGGAGGCAAAUGAGACCAUUAACGAAAGCUGAAUCUCACCUGAGACAGGCUCUUUCUGCCACACCUGUGCUUGUGCUUGGGUAGCAGCAUCUAGGCCCUGUUCUUGGCCAAUUUAAUUUGCUGAUGCUGUGUCCAGAGGCACUUGUGCCAUUGCCGUCAUACUAACAUGAGAUUACCAUAAAUAUGUUGUAGCAUUGGGUUUGGGGACCUUUUUAGUGUUUGCCAAGAUUGCUGCAAAUGCUUUCCUGUGC